GUUAUUACCGCUAAACUUGUUACGUAGCGUUUGUGUUUACAACAUGAGAUUCUUUUUAUCACAAAUACGGAAGGUAUCUACACAAGCUGCGCGUCGGCGUGUGGUGGUCACAGGCAGUGGCGCCAUUACACCAUUGGGCAACAAUGUCGGCGAAUCUUGGCAACGCUUAUUGGCCGGCGAAUCGGCCAUUAGCCGACUAGGUGAAGAAUUCAAGGGACUGCCUUGUCAAGUGGCCGCGCAAAUACCCAAAGAACGACUACAGCUGGAUAAACAUCUGAGCAAAAGUGACAUAAAGCUAAUGAGUCCCGCCACACAGCUGGCUGUAAUGGCAGCAGACGAAGCACUAGCUAUGGCACAGCUUAAGCCCAGUGAGCUGAGUCCGGAACAGCGCGAGCGUUUUGGCGUCUGUGUCGGCAUGGGCAUGUUCGAUUUAAGCGAAGUUUAUGGCGCCUGGCAGCAGCUGCAGCGUGGCUAUAAUCGUGUCAGCCCCUAUUUUGUGCCACGCCUGCUGCCCAACAUGGCCUGCGGUCACAUAAGCAUGCGACACGGUCUACGUGGACCCAAUCACUCGGUAUCUACGGCUUGUGCUACGGGCGCGCAUGCCAUUGGCGAUGCAUUGCGUUUUAUACGCAACGGCGAUGCGGAUAUAAUGCUAGCGGGCAGCGGAGAGGCUUGCAUAGACCCACUCUCGAUUGCUGGCUUCUGUAGACUGCGCGCACUCAGCACCUCGUUCAACGAUAACCCUGCCAUAGCCUCGCGACCCUUUGAUAAGGCGCGCGACGGUUUCGUUAUGGGAGAGGGAGCGGCUGUGCUGGUUUUGGAAGAAUUGGAGCAUGCUCAAGCACGUGGUGCGCCCAUAUUGGCAGAACUCUUAGGUUAUGGACUCUCUGGAGAUGCGCAUCAUAUCACUUCGCCCAGUGAGGAUGGCGCUGGCGCUACGCUAGCCAUGUUGCGUGCGCUCAAGGAUGCAGACGUAGCUGCGUCGGAUGUGAGCUAUGUCAAUGCGCAUGCUACGUCCACUCCAACUGGCGAUCGCAUUGAGGCACAUGCCAUCAAACGUGUGUUUGGCGCACAUGCUGCCAACGUAUUUGUUUCCUCCACAAAAGGUGCGCAUGGCCAUCUGUUGGGCUCGUCAGGCAAUCUGGAAGCUCUGUUUGUGGUGCAUGCCUGCGCGGAUAAUCAACUACCGCCCUCAAUCAAUGUGACUGAUCUGGAUGUGGACAUCAAUGUGGUGCAAAAGGCUUGUCAGUGGUCCGAGUCGAAGCAUGAACGCCGCGUUGCAUUGAAGAACUCAUUUGGCUUUGGUGGCACCAAUGCCUCCCUUUGCAUUUCGAGCUUUACGAACAACUCAAAUUGUUAGCAUUGUUUUGUUAUAAAUAAAUACAUUGUUGUGUGUAAAUAUUUUUA